UGCAGCUGAGGCAACACGCAGCUCCACGAAGGACGAAUAAAAGGGAGGAAGAUCCAGAUCAAGGUCCGGAGACUGGCAGUGAUCCUCCGCCACCAUGCCCCGCUGCAGAGUGAACCUCAGCACCAUGAUUUUCCUGGUGAUCCUGCAGGGGGCGGCGGUGGUGCUGUUCUGCGGCUGGUACGUCCAGCUCAGUCCCUGCACCUCCACCCCGUCCAACGGCAAAGUCCACGUUCUGCUGCUGUCCUCGUGGCGAUCCGGGUCGUCCUUCGUGGGUCAGGUGUUCAGUCAGCACCCGUCCGUCUUCUAUCUCAUGGAGCCGGCCUGGCACGUGUGGACCAAACUGCAGAAACCCGGCGCACGGGCACUCCGAAUGGCGGUGAGGGAUCUCUUACGGAGUGUAUUCCAGUGCGACUUGUCCGUGAUGGAGGCCUACCUGCUGGAGCAGCACAACGUGUCCUCCUUGUUUAUGUGGAGCCACAGUAGAGCACUGUGCUCGCCGCCGGCCUGUCCGCUCACGCCACGCAACCAGUUCAGCAACCAGACGCGGUGCUUCCAGACAUGUGAUGCCCGCGGCCUGCAGGCCGUGGAGGACGCCUGUGGCACGUACAGCCACGUAGUGCUAAAAGAAGUGAGAUUCUUUGAGCUGGAAUCCCUCUACCCGCUCCUGCAGGACCCGAGCCUAGAUCUCCGCAUCAUCCACCUGGUCCGGGACCCUCGGGCUGUGGUGCGGUCCAGGGAGGAGUCAGCCAAAGCCUUCGUGAGCGACAACGCCGUCGUCUUGGAGCAGAGAAGCAUCCCGGCUGCCGAGGUGCAGUAUCAAGUCAUGCAGGAGAUCUGCCGUAGUCACGUGCGCAUUAAUGAGAGGGCCAUGCUGAAGCCCCCGCCGUUUCUCAAAGGCCGCUACAAGAUGUUCCGCUAUGAGGAUGUGGCGCGCAACCCACUCAAGGAGAUCACUGCCAUGUAUGACUUUGUGGGCCUGGAGAUGACCAGACCGCUGGAGGAAUGGAUCUACAGAGUGACUCACGGAAAAGGCAAAGGCUCCAAAAAGGAGGCCUUCAAAAUCACUUCUCGCAACGCUGCCGACGUCUCCCAGGCUUGGCGCACCACGAUGCCACACAACAAGGUCAGACGUAUCCAGGAAGUGUGUAAAGGGGCCAUGGCGUUGCUCGGGUACAGGACAGUUAACAGUGAAAAAGAACAGAAGAGACUUGACAUAGACCUCCUUGUGCCACAGGAACCGUAUCAGUUCAGCUGGUUGCCAGCUAAAACCGAGCAUCCCAGUAAUGGUUAAAAUGGUGUUUGAGUAUUUGAAUGACAAAGACACCGAGAGACUACUUUGAACUAAAGUCUAUAUUUUUUAAACGCUGUAAUGAGUGACACAGCGGAUGACUGAUCUACUGGGGGAACACUGGCAUGGUGUCCCAAGGUAAAGCUCUGGUUUGUGGUGGAGACCCACCUCCCACUGUCAGGGGAGUGAGGGGAUUCAAGUUAGGGCUGCACAAUAUAUCGUUUUUAUCA